GCCUUUUACCCUAAAAGAUGUACUCCUGUCCUUCAUAAACCCUCCUCAGCAUCAGUCCCUUUCAGCCUCCAACGCUCUCCUGUCUUGAGUGCUUGAGAGGGGAGAGUGCUUGACAGGGAGGAAGAGAGGGGCUUGAGAGAGGGAGAGGCUGAGGAAAGGUCCUGGUUUUUGCUUCAUUCGGCAGGCUUUUUCUUCUUUGGUUUCGAUUGAUUUUGCUUCGAUUCAUUCGUUAUAAAAAUUUUGUUGGGCAAAAAAGGAUUUGUAUGCUCUUCUUCAGUUCAUCAUCACCAUCAUCAAGAACCCACCAGUACUGGAUAUAACGAUAUCCCCAAAGAUUAAAAAGGCGAAAAGAACAGAGGGCCCCUGUUUUUUUUUUUUUUUUUUUUUUUGGCUUCUCUUCCCAUUUGAGAUGGCACCCAGCUUCGACCGCGCGGUUUCCAGCCUCCUCUGCGUCGAGGACGACACCAGCGUCUUCGGCGAGAACGACGGCGAUGGGGCCGGGGAGGGCGUCGAGGCCACGUGGCGCCGCCGGGGGCGUGGUCAAGACGGGUGCUUUGAGGGUAGGGAGGAGCUGGUGCCGAUGCAGAGCGAGGAGUGCCUGGCCGUGUUGCUGGAGAAGGAGUGCCGGCAUUUGCCCGGAUUGGAUUACUUGACCCGAUUGAGAAAUGGGGAUUUGGACGUGGCGGUUAGAGCCGAGGCUAUGGAUUGGAUGGGCAAGGUUCAUGCCCAUUUCAGCUUUGGACCGCUCUCUGCAUAUCUAUCAAUCAACUACUUGGAUAGGUUCCUCUCGACCUAUGAUUUGCCUAAAGGCAAACCUUGGAUGACACAGUUAUUGGCUGUGGCAUGCUUAUCUCUAGCAGCCAAAAUGGAGGAAACUGAAGUGCCUCUUUCUCUAGAUUUACAGGCUGGUGAAUCUAAGUUUGUGUUUGAAGCCAGAACAAUUCAGAGAAUGGAACUCCUAGUUUUGAGUACAUUGAGCUGGAGAAUGCAAGCCGUGACCCCUUUCUCCUAUUUGGAUCAUUUCCUUCGCAAAAUCAAUGGUGGAAACUUGCCUCUCCGAACAUUGAUUUCACGAUCGGUCCAACUUGUUUUGAGCAUCGCCAAAGGGAUUGAUUUCGUAGAGUUCAGGCCUUCCGAAGUUGCAGCAGCUGUUGCGAUAUCCAUUGCGAGAGAGAACCAAUUUAUGGACAUUGAGGAGGCAACUUCUUUUCUCCCUCAACCUGUGAGAAAGGAGAGGGUCCUGAGGUGCAUCGAGCUAAUUUCAGACAUGGCAUUGAGUGUUGCAUUCCCCAAAAGUGGUACUUCAGUUUCCUCUGUGCCUCAGAGUCCAAUCGGGGUACUGGAUGCUGCUUGCCUGAGCUAUAAAACCGAUGAAACCGCAAUUGGGUCGUGUGCAAAUUCCUCACAUAGCAGCCCGGACCCUAAAAGGAGGAGGACAUAGCAAUCCCAAAAAAAUUGCUGUUGACUGUUUGUUGGGUCGUGAAAGCAAGUUCUAUUUCUCAUUUACAAGGGCUGAACUUGAUUUUUGUAUGUAAAGGUGUGUAUACUGAAAUGCACCAACAAGACAAUGUUAGAACACAACAGAAAAGAAAAAGGAAGAGGUGAGAGAAAUUGGUUGAAAAGAACUGGGGAAGACAAAUCUUUGGAUUAUGUGUAAUGGCGGAGUUUUGAAUAAGUUGGGUCAUCAGUUGGAGGAUGCAGGAAUGGCAUAACAGUGUGUGUUCAUACUCUUGGUAUGAGAUGGGAGUUUUGACACCAGCUGUUAAAUAUUAGACUUCUUAGCAGCUUGGUAAGGACUCAAGGAGGAGAUGAGCGAAAAAGAUGAGAAAAGAUUUGUGUUGGUUGUGAAAUACAGUUUUAUUAAUUUUUUAGUCUUUUUUUCUUUUUCUCUUUUUGAUUGGAGUUUGCAAAUUUGCAUUAGCUAAAGGGGAGGAGAAAUAUAUAAUAAAUCCCCAAAAACAUGGUUUUUAUGAGA